AUGCGUCCCGAAGUCGAACAAGAACUCUCCCACACCCUGCUCAUCGAGCUUCUCGCCUACCAGUUUGCAUCGCCUGUCAGAUGGAUUGAAACACAGGAUGUCUUCCUCGCCGAGAGGACGGCUGAGCGCGUGGUCGAGGUCGGCCCUGCCGACACUCUGGGUGUCAUGGCUAAGCGUACCCUCGCCUCCAAGUACGAAGCCUAUGAUGCCGCCAAAUCUGUACAGAGACAGAUUCUUUGCUACAACAAAGACGCAAAGGAGAUCUAUUACGAUGUUGAUCCGGUAGAGGACGAGCCAGAGCCCGCUGCCCCUGCUGCCGCAGCUUCUGGAGGUGCUGCGCCGGCUGCCGCCGCUCCCGCCGCCGCCGCCGCGCCGCCUCCCCCCAGUGCCGGCCCAGCAGCCCAGGUUCCCGAUCAGCCUGUCCAGGCCGUGGAUAUUGUCCGCGCUCUCAUUGCACAAAAACUCAAGAAGCCUCUGCUUGAUGUUCCUCUGAGCAAAGCAAUCAAAGACUUGGUUGGCGGCAAGUCGACACUACAAAAUGAGAUUCUUGGUGAUCUCGGAAAAGAAUUUGGCUCUACUCCCGAGAAGCCCGAAGAUACCCCUCUAGACGAGCUCGGUGCAUCCAUUCAGCCCACUUUUGACGGCAACCUAGGCAAGGUCUCACAGUCACUCAUCGCGCGUCUCAUUUCGUCAAAGAUGCCUGGUGGCUUCAACAUCACAGCUGCGCGCAAGUAUCUCGAGACAAGAUGGGGUCUUGGUUCUGGUCGCCAGGACGGUGCUCUGCUGCUGGCUCUAACCAUGGAGCCUGCGGCCCGUCUCGGUGCCGAAGGCGACGCCAAAGCUUUCCUCGACGAUGUCACCCAGAAAUACGCUGCUAAUGCUGGCGUCAGCCUUACUACCACUGCUGCUGCCGAUGCGGGCGGCGGCGGUGGCGGCGGUAUGAUGAUGGAUCCUGCCGCCAUCGAUGCCCUGACCAAGGACCAGCGCGCUCUGUUCAAGCAGCAGCUCGAGCUCUUCGCUCGUUACCUCAAGAUGGACCUUCGCUCUGGCGACAAGGCCUUCAUCAACUCUCAAAAAUCCGAAAAGGUCCUACAGGCUCAGCUAGACCUCUGGACUGCCGAACAUGGUGACUUUUAUGCCUCGGGCAUUGAGCCUGUCUUUAGCCCCCUCAAGGCCCGCACAUACGACUCCUCGUGGAAUUGGGCCCGCCAAGAUGGUCUCAGCAUGUACUUUGAGAUCAUUUUCGGAAGACUCCAGACUGUUGACCGCGAAAUUGUCAGCCAGUGUAUUCGCAUCAUGAACAAGUCUAACCCGAAGCUGCUCGACUUUAUGCAGUACCACAUCGACAACUGCCCGACCGAACGCGGCGAAACGUACAAGCUUGCCCAAGAGCUUGGAUACCAGCUCAUCGAAAACUGCAAGGACGUCUUGAAUGUCGCGCCUCAUUACAAGGAUGUCGCUGUGCCUACUGGCCCUCGCACUACCGUUGACGCUCGCGGCAACCUCAACUACGAGGAAGUCCCCCGCGCCAGCUGCAGAAAGCUGGAGCACUACGUCCAGCAGAUGGUUGAGGGUGGCAAGAUCUCCGAGUACGGCAAUCGUACCAAGGUCCAGAGCGAUCUCCAGCGCAUCUACAAGCUCAUCAAGCAGCAGCACAAAAUGUCCAAGACGUCUCAACUUGAAAUCAAGAGCCUCUAUGGUGAUGUACUGCGCUCUCUCGGCAUGAACGAAAACCAAAUCAUUCCCAAGGAAAACGGCAAGAGUCGCAGGGCUACCACUCUCAAGGGCAGCAGCAACAACAAGGGCCGCGUUGAGACAAUUCCGUUCCUUCAUCUCAAGAAGAAAUCUCUCCACGGCUGGGACUACAGCAAAAAGCUCACUUCUGUCUACCUCGACUGCCUUGAAGAGGCUGCCCGCUCUGGUGUCACUUACACUGGCAAACAUGUCCUCAUGACUGGCGCUGGCGCUGGCUCCAUUGGUGCUGAGGUCCUCCAGGGCCUGAUUAGUGGCGGUGCUCGCGUUGUUGUUACCACUAGUCGCUUCUCCAAGGAAGUCACCGAGUACUACCAGUCCAUGUAUACUCGAUAUGGCUCCCGCGGAUCUCAGGUUGUCGUUGUUCCCUUCAACCAGGGUAGCAAGCAAGAUGUCGAAGCUCUCAUUGACUACAUUUAUGACCCCAAGAACGGUCUCGGCUGGGAUCUCGACUACAUUGUGCCUUUUGCUGCCAUAUCUGAGAAUGGCCGCCAGAUUGACAGCAUUGACUCGCGCUCUGAGCUCGCCCACCGCAUCAUGCUUACUAACCUCGUCCGUCUUCUUGGAUGUGUCAAAGCUCAGAAAGCUGAGCGAGGCUUUGAGACCCGCCCGGCCCAAGUUGUUCUUCCCCUGUCGCCCAACCACGGUACCUUUGGCAACGAUGGUCUCUACUCCGAGUCCAAGCUUGCCCUCGAGACUCUAUUCAACCGAUGGUACUCUGAGAGUUGGGCCAACUACCUCACCAUCUGCGGUGCUGUCAUUGGUUGGACUCGUGGCACUGGCCUCAUGUCCGGCAACAACAUUGUUGCCGAAGGCGUUGAGGCUUUUGGCGUGCGCACCUUUUCUCAGCAGGAGAUGGCUUUCAACCUGCUUGGACUGAUGUCUCCUACCAUUGUUGAUCUUUGCCAGUCCGAGCCUGUCUUUGCUGAUCUCAAUGGUGGUCUGCAGUUCAUUCCCAACCUGAACGAGGCGAUGACCAAGCUUCGCAAGGAUAUCAUGGAGACCAGCGAGAUUCGCAGGGCUGUCACUAAGGAGAGCGCUAUUGAAAACACAAUUGUCAACGGUGCUGAGUCCGAGGUUCUGUACAAGAAGAAGACGAUUGAUCCCCGCGCCAACAUCAAGUUCGACUUCCCUACCCUGCCUGAUUGGAAGAAGGAGGUUGCUCCCCUGAACGAGAAGCUCAAGGGCAUGGUUGACCUUGAGAAGGUGGUCGUCGUUACUGGUUUUGCUGAAGUUGGUCCCUGGGGCAACUCCCGCACCCGAUGGGAAAUGGAGGCCUCUGGCGAAUUCUCUCUCGAGGGCUGCGUUGAAAUGGCCUGGAUCAUGGGUCUCAUCAAGAACCACAAUGGCCCUAUUAAGGGCAAGCCCUACGCCGGCUGGGUCGACGCCAAGACUGGCGACCCCGUCGACGACAAGGAUAUCAAGGCCAAGUAUGAGAAAUACAUCCUGGACCACUCUGGUAUUCGUCUGAUUGAGCCUGAACUUUUCGCCGGCUACGAUCCCAACAGAAAGCAGCUUCUCCACGAGGUUGUUAUUGAGGAGGAUCUUGAACCCUUCGAGUCCUCAAAGGAGACUGCUGAGGAGUUCAAGCGUGAGCACGGCGACAAAGUUGAGGUGUUUGAGAUUCCUGAGAGCGGUGAGUAUAUCAUCCGUCUGAAGAAGGGAGCUUCUCUCUGGAUCCCCAAGGCUCUGCGCUUCGACCGCCUUGUUGCUGGACAGAUCCCCACUGGCUGGGACGCCAAGCGUUACGGCAUUCCUGAGGACAUUAUCGAUCAGGUUGACCCUGUCACUCUGUUCCUGCUUGUAUCCACUGCCGAGGCUCUGCUAUCUAGUGGUAUCACUGAUCCAUACGAGUUCUACAAAUAUGUCCACGUUUCCGAGGUCGGUAACUGCGUCGGUUCUGGUAUGGGCGGUGCUACUGCUCUACGCGGCAUGCACAAGGAUCGUUACCUUGACCAGCCCCUCCAGAACGAUAUCCUCCAGGAGUCGUUCAUCAACACCAUGGCUGCCUGGGUCAACAUGUUGCUCAUCUCUUCAUCUGGCCCCAUCAAGACUCCCGUCGGUGCUUGCGCUACCUCUGUCGAGUCCGUCGACAUUGGUUACGAAACCAUUAUGGAAGGCAAGGCUCGUGUCUGCUUCGUCGGUGGUUUUGACGACUUUGGCGAGGAAGGUUCCUACGAGUUUGCCAACAUGAAAGCCACCAGCAAUACUGUUGAUGAGAUGGCCCACGGCCGCACACCCAAGGAGAUGUCCCGUCCCACAACCACCACCAGAAACGGUUUCAUGGAGUCCCAGGGCUGUGGUGUCCAGGUUAUCAUGACUGCCAAGCUUGCCCUGGACAUGGGUGUUCCCAUCCACGGUAUUCUUGCUCUCACUACCACUGCCUCUGACAAGAUUGGACGCUCUGUUCCCGCUCCCGGUCAGGGUGUUCUCACGACUGCUCGUGAGAACGCGGGCAAGUUCCCCUCGCCUCUUCUGGACAUUGACUACCGCCGUCGCCAGAUUGAGCGCCGCAAGAAGCAGAUCAAGCAGUGGCAGGAGUCGGAGCUUGAAUUUGUUCACGACGAGAUUAGCGCCAUGAAGUCUCAGCAGGGCGAGUUCGAUGAGAACGAAUACGCACAUGAGCGCGUCCAGCACAUCGAGAAGGAAGCUGCUCGUCAGGAGAAGGAGCUUCUUCGCAGCAUGGGCAACAACUUCUGGAAGAGCGAUCCCAGCAUCGCUCCUCUCCGUGGUGCCCUCGCUACCUGGGGUCUCACUAUUGACGACCUCGGUGUCGCCUCUUUCCACGGUACUUCCACAAAGGCCAACGAUAAGAAUGAAUCUUCUGUCAUUUGCCAGCAGCUACGUCACCUCGGCCGUUCCGAGGGCAACGCCGUCCUGGGUAUCUUCCAGAAGUACCUCACUGGUCACCCCAAGGGUGCUGCUGGUGCAUGGAUGAUGAACGGCUGUCUGCAAGUCCUCAACACUGGCCUGGUUCCUGGCAACCGCAACGCCGACAAUGUCGACCCCAUCAUGGAGGACUUCGACAUGAUUCUCUACCCUAGCCGUAGCAUCCAAACCGAUGGCAUCAAGGCCUUCUCUGUUACCUCGUUUGGUUUCGGUCAAAAGGGUGCUCAGGCUAUUGGUGUCCACCCCAAGUACCUCUUUGCUACUCUUGAUGAGCGCACAUAUGCCGAUUACUGCACCAAGGUUGAGGCUCGCCAGAAGAAAGCCUAUCGCUUCUUCCACAACGGCCUCAUCAACAACAGCCUGUUCGUUGCCAAGUCUAAGGCUCCUUACACCGAUGAGCAGCUCAGCUCUGUUCUCCUCAACCCUGACGCUCGUGUCUCAACUGAGAAGAAGACAUCUGAUCUCACUUAUGCCGCCAACUUUAUGAAACAAUCAGAGAAGGUUGUCUCUUCCACGCAGGCUAAGGAGACCCAGCAGGUGAUGGAGACACUUGCUCGCAAGGUCGCUAGCCAGAAUAGCAAGGUUGGUGUCGAUGUUGAAGACAUUUCUGCCAUCAACAUCGAGAACGAUACUUUUAUCCAGCGCAACUUCACUGCUAGUGAAAUUGCGUACUGCAAGGAGGCUCCCAGUCCCCAGAGCUCUUUCGCUGGUCGCUGGAGCGCCAAGGAGGCUGUAUUCAAGUCGCUUGGUGUCACUAGCAAGGGUGCCGGUGCCGCGAUGAAGGAGAUUGAAAUCUCUCGCGAUGACACUGGCGCACCCAAGGUCUCGCUCCACGGCGAUGCCGCUUCCGCUGCCAAGCAAGCUGGCGUCAAGGACAUCUCCCUGUCUAUCUCUCAUUCGGACAACCAGGCUAUUGCCGUUGCCGUUGCGAGCUUCUAA